AUGAAUACAACAUCAAGCAGUGUUAGUAAUGCUCUUUUAGCUACACCUUAUCAAUUGAACAUGUGGUUUGGUUCAUUUCUUUGGGUGACAGGUAAUCUUGGUUGUAUAGGAAAUAUGAUAGUAUUUCGUUCUCGAGUAUUUCGCAAACGAGCUUAUUCAAUUUAUCUAUUAUCGGAAGCGAUGUCUGAUUUUGUUUAUUUUAAUUUCGUAUUGAUUACACGAAUACUUCAAAAAGGAUUUCAAAUUCCGAUUACUACACGUUAUGAUAUCGUUUGUAAACUUCGACAAUUUGUUUCCGUCUGGAGUAACCAAGUUUCAUUCACUUUAUUUUCAUUUGCAACAAUUGAUCGACUUUUAUCUGCACAACGUUCGCAUUUAUAUCGUCAAUGGAGCAAUCGUGCAACACUAGCUUACAAAAUGUGUAUUACAUGUGCAUUCUUUUGGUUAUUACUUAUUGGUCAUCGACUUAUUUUAUAUAGUGGUAACGAUGGAAAAUGUGCUCCUCUAUCAGGCUUUUAUGCUUAUUUGGAUAAUUAUAUUGAAGUGGUAUUUACAGCAAUAUGUCCACCUAUAGUGAUGAUUCUACUUGCUUAUUUAUUAGUACGAAGUGUUCAUGGCAUUAUCCAACGGCAAAUUGUUCCUGGUAAUAAUGGACCACUAGUAACUAUUGCAAAACGAUCAGUUCUUCAAAACAUGGAUUCUCGACUUACAUGGAUGCUUAUAUUACAAUCCAUCAUUGCUAUAAUAACAUAUAUACCAUUUGCAGCUGAACUUAUCUAUACAAACAUCAGUCAAAGUUGGCUAAAGUCAACUUUACAAAAUGCUCAAGAAAAAGUUUUUGUUGAAUUAACUCAUUUAUUGUCUUAUAUAUUUUUUGCUUCUAGUUUCUAUGUAUCGAUUAUCUCUAAUGAUGGUUUUCGUCGGCAGAUUAAAAAUUUCUUUAGAAGAUCACAAUAUGACGAUCCUACAAUUCGUAUGAACAUCAUUUUUCAAACUAAUGCGAUUAUUUGA